CAAGGUUUGACGCACGUGCCCGGCGCUGAAAUCUGUCAAAGUGCUGAGUGAUGAGAAAUGUCAGAGUAAAAUCUUUGGUGGAAGAGUUAUGAGUUUGUAUCUAUAAUUUGUUCGAAAAACAAGUCGCUGCAGAUUCAAUCUUCGAUGCUGUUCUCGGUUUGAAGUGUAAUAAUGGAUACAAAUGAAGCGAGGUUAGAAUCGUGUAUCCAAACAGAGGAUUGGGAAACGUUAUUGAGCAUUCUGAAGCCCAAGUUUUUUCCGAGGGCUGAAAAUGGAAAAUUAGUGAAUCCACUCAUUGUCGCCAGGAUAUCUGACGCCCUGACAAACUCUCCCAGGAAUGUGCCUAUGAGGGUAAAGAUAAUGCUGAUAAAAUGCUUGAUGAAUUCAUGUGUGAACGGCUAUACUCCCAAAGAAUAUGAUGCGAACACAUUAACACCUAUGGAAAGUGAGGAUUUUUACGCAGCUCUUGGGAGAAAUUACGCUAAGGUUUCCAUUGGCGACUCAACAGACGAACAUGGUUAUCCUUUCCUUACUCAUUUUCCUUACAACGGUGUGGCCAAGUGGGCUGCCGACUACGUUGUGCAACAUUUAUUAGAUGUGAGAAAAUUAUCUGAUGACGAACUCGAACUUCUCAGACUAUGUGUACAGUUUCUAUGUAAUCUUUGUAAAUAUUCACCACCUGCCAUUCACGACGAACGCUUUAAGGAAGCAACGAUGAUGCUCAUUCGGCACGAUCAUUUUCCAGUCUUGAGGGCAGCCUGCGCUUUCAUUCAUAACGUUCUCACUGUUUGUGAGGAAAACUAUUACUCUGAAACAGCAAAGAACGAGUUGACGAUAUUGUUAAUCAAGCCAGUCAAAUUGGGAAUUCCAUCAGCAACCGAUGCUCUAAAGUACUUAUUGGAAAAUCCUGGGAGGCUUCAAAACGUUUACGACAAAAUAUUGAUCGAGGACAGGCUUUAUUUGCUGGAAUUUCUCCUGCAGGAGUUGCGUAACUCUGAGCUUAAUCUUUCCCAAGAGGUUAUAUCUUUUUUAUCAGAACGCUUCAAGAAAAAGAGUGAUUUGGUACUGAAAACGGUGAACUCGUAUUUGGACGGCACUGAGCCGAUGGAGAUCACAAUACUUUUGGAUAUACUUGGAGUCGUUACGUCGAGAACAUCGUCCAGUAACUAUUCUAAUAAUCUUCAAGAAGACAAAAGCCUGCUAAUCAACUGUAUAUUCUUAUUGAAGUCGUUGCACAUGGUUGGCAGGGAAUCUGACAAUUUCUUCACACCUGUGCAAAAACUCAGCGAGCUCGCACCGAGUGGAAAAAAUUCUUCUGGCCACCAAACCAACGAUAUCCAGUCUCAUCCCGCUUUCGGAUUUAAAGCUGGACUGAUUCGAGUUAUUGGAAACAUGGUACACAAACAUAAGGCUAAUCAGGAGUUGCUUCGAGAAACUGACGGAAUUCCGUUGCUCUUAGAUUGUUGUAACAUGGACGCAAGAAAUCCACUAAUCAUGCAGUGGACGAUUCUUGCCAUGAGAAAUGUCUGCGAGAAUAAUCAAUCUAAUCAGGACGUCGUUCGAGGUUUGAAUAAAGUCGGUGUGGCUGACAGCGCUGUACUUCAUGAAAUGGGAUUAAUUUUACACGACGAAGGAAAACCUGGCAAAGCUGUUGGAAUUGUUCCUUUAAAACGAAAUUAACUUGUUGAAGUUUUGAGGUUCUAGUCCAGUAGACCAAAGCCUCGUGCCAUGCGCUCGGAUAAACGCUCCUCGCCGAUUCGCCAAGAAGGAAGGAACGUGUUUUAUGCCUUCUUCUCUCACAAUGCCGCAUUCGUUAUAUGUAACAGGGUUUCCAUAUUUGGCACGAUGCCGUGAGAAAGUUGCAAAUAUUAUAUAUAUAGGCGACCGAAGUUAUUUUUUUUAUUUCCAACUUUCUCACACGCCUUCAAUGAACACGCGCUUCAAGUAAUCUUAUCGUGUCAAGUUGUACAUUCAAUUUGAAUAUUAAUGCGUUGCAUUACAUUUUACGCCAUCAAUCUUGUACUCGAGGCAUUAUUACAAGCGAUUAACGUUAAAUUUCACCGUCUGAUUUGAUAGCCGCGUCGAUAAUUACUCGUUUUAAUUAUAACACCUGCGAAUUAAUCCCCGAGUACGAAAUUUGCAACAAUUUAAUUUCCGUUUGGCGCUUUGAAAAUUGUCGAUAUAUUCUGUAUCGCAAAGUUGUUUCAAAUUUCAAAACAUCA